UCUUUUGGCGUUGUUUUGCUCUCCCGUCCGUUCGGUUGCUCAUCUUCAGUUCGCAUUCGCAAACACAAGAGACAGUGAUCACUCGCUUUAUUGUGUAACCAUGCUGACCCGGCAUAUUCGAACGGUAAUUCCCCGGCUAGUUCCGAUUCGCUUAUCUAAAGCGUGCUACUCGGAACAACAUCAGAAAGAGCGCAGUGAAAAACCGAACGAAUCCGGAACUACCCAUUUUGGCUACGAAACAGUGAAAGAAAGUGAAAAGUGGCAAAAGGUGCACAAAGUAUUCGAACAAGUGGCGUCCUCAUAUGAUCUGAUGAACGAUGCAAUGUCCUUCGGGGUUCACCGGGUAUGGAAGGACAUAUUUAUGGAGCGUUUGGGGCCGAUUGGCGGUGGCAAUCGGUUGCUGGAUAUGGCCGGUGGAACCGGUGAUAUUGCUUUUCGGUAUCUGAAAUAUCUGAACAACCAACAGCCGGAAGCCAAUCAAGCGGCGAACCACGUCACUGUAUCGGACAUCAAUCAAAAUAUGCUUGAUGUUGGCCAGGAGAGAUACAAAAGAUUAAGUAUAACACCCAAAAACUGCACAGUAGAUUGGGUUUGCGCCAAUGCAGAAAAACUGCCAUUCGAGGAUAACUCUUACACCGCAUACACAAUUGCAUUCGGAAUCCGCAACGUAACGCACAUCGACAAGGUGCUUUCUGAGGCUUACCGAGUACUUAAACCGGGUGGACGCUUUCUCUGCCUUGAGUUCAGUCAUGUUUCCAAUGAUUAUUUGAGAUGGAUUUACGACCAAUACUCGUUCCAAGUUAUCCCUCCCAUGGGACAAAUCCUUGCUAGCCAAUGGCAGGCAUAUCAGUACCUAGUGGAGAGUAUACGAAAAUUCCCCAAGCAAGAAGAAUUCAAAGCAAUGAUUCAGGAUGCAGGCUUCAAGUGCGUUCAAUACGAGGAUCUUACGUUCGGUGUCUGUGCAAUACAUUCUGGAUUUAAGUUGUAACUA